GUUUCGCAAAGUACCAAUUCAUAUAUGCAUAUGCGAUGUUUGAGGCAGCCAAACAGACGCGUCAUAUUGAAUCACUCGAUCGGCUCGAUGGGCAAUACGACGCCUGCCGUUUGGGGCUUAGAUGUUGUCGGUUCGUCGGUCUGGGACCCCGAUGGAGCUACCUUGGCGGCGGCCUACAUGCUUCCACUCAACCAACCUCCCCGCAAAUGACCAUGGUAUCUCCUUCUUCCACCUGUUCAUCUACCAUUGUGCAUUCUUCACCUGUUUGAGCUCGACGCUCUUUUAUCGCUCUUUGCGACCCUACAUCGUCAACGUCAGACGUUCCGACAUCGUCGGUGAGGCAGCAAUACGGAGCUCAACAAGAGCUUCGUCCUGCUCGGCCUAGCACUCAACCGAUAUGCGACAAACGUCAUGGACCUUAUCGCUGGCGAGCGCACUCGCCCUCGCAUCGCCUUCUCAAGCCUAUAAGAGCUUCAGCAAUUACUCCCUUGCUGACAC